CUUGCACUUGGGCAUGGACACACUGUACUUGAUUGAUUCAAUGAUCGCCAUGUUGAACACGGACCCCAACCAGAUCACGCUCCGCCGCGGUGUCAACAAUCAGUUUGACAGCACCUUUCCUCCGCUCCUCGCUCAAGCAGGCCUCUCUGAGCGCGACUUUGCGAACGCGCUGCAGAACAUCAACGCGGCCAUGUCGGAAUUCGAUCCCGUCGCUUUCGCGCGGCGGAUGCAGUGCAUCGCGAUCGGCACAACGCUCUUCUUUUUCGCGCUGUUUGCCAUCAUGGGAGAUGUGGCUGGCGAAAUGUGGCUCAACGACGCCAUCCCUUCACCAAUAGUGCUCCUGCUACCCAUCAUGAUCCUCUUCAUUGCCGCUCCCGUGUGCAUCAUGAAGCAGACGGCGGCGCGGAUCGAGAGGGAGGUCCAGCGCGUGGACGCAGUCUGUCGGGCGCAGGAGAUGCGCGGCGUCACGUUCCGGGCUGAGAAAGUGGCCACUGGCGUCACCGUUGGCCGCGGCCGCCAGCACGUCAACUACGACUUUGGCCUCGUCGUGCGUCUCACCGCCGGCGGGGCCACCUCACAGGCCUAUGGAGCUUCUGCGAUGCCAUUUGGCGUCCCGACCGGCGGCGCCGCGCCAUUUGGGCAAACCAUCCCUUCGGUCCAGGCGACCGCCGUAAACGCGAGCGUGCCAGUCGUGCACGCGAGCCCCGUCGCGGUGGCCGCGUCGAGCGCUAGUCCCUCCAUUGUGGACCAACUUAACUCGCUCACGUCGCUCUACCAGUCGGGCGCGCUGUCUGCGAGCGAGUUCGAGGCCGCCAAGGCGCGGCUGCUGGACAACGACAAGACGCGGCUCAUGAAUGCGGGGUUCUGAUGCACUCGACCGACCACUGCUGUCGCACGCGGGGUGUCGCGUUGAGGGUUGAGACUGCCGCGCGUCCGCCGGCCGGAGAGGUGGGCGUGCAGCGAGGCGAGGUCGCCGGCGGCGAUGUCGGCGAGCAGCGUGGCGGGCGGGCUCGCGGCGGGUGCCAUCACCGAGUCGAGACGCAGCGGCUACGUCAGAGCGGAGGACCAACCAGGGCGGUGUGUGUUAUAGUGUAUCGCACGGCGCCAGCGGACGGCUCUCUGUCUGGGGCGGGGGCUCGAGAGCGCGUCGGAGGGCGGACCUCCCCUCAAGGCGUACGCCAGACUGCCCAACAGGGCGUCCACAC